AUGGCUUCAGAUGAAACUAUGAUGAUGACAACUCAAUCUUCGUUACAAAGUGAAGACUAUGAAGAAGAUGAUGAUAUGAAUGAUCUUUUUCACCACCAUCAUCAUCUUCAUCAUCAAAAUCACCAUAAUUUAUCAAGGCUUUCAGUUUGUACAAGCAGUGGUGUUGAAGAUGAUGUUGAAAAUCUCGCUUCCGUUUGUAUGUCACACUUGUCCAUUGAAAGUUUCGAAGCCGACGGAGACGAUGAAGCCGAAGGAAAAGAUGAUCGAUUACUGGAAGCCGGUUUGUCUUCCGGUUCUGGAAAUGAGUCAGGUAGUUGUUAUUCGUUACCGGCGACACCGCCGCGGAGGAGGAAUUUGGUUCCGGCGACUGCAGUUGCGGUAGUGAAAGACUAUGCGAGUGAGAACGAAGUGAGAAAAGAAACAAAAACGAAGAGCGGUGGUGAUUCUGGGAAGAGUAGGAGGAGGAGGAGGAGAAGGAGAGUGGAGAGUGUGUUUGAGAGGGGAAGUAGUUGGGAGAAUCUAUGGGAUGAGAAGAAGAAAAUGAAAGAGAAUGGAGGGAAUAGUGGUGAGAGUGAUCAGAGUAACGGAAAUGGUGUGAUGGUGAUUACUAGACCUAAAGGUGGGAAUAGGAGUUUGUGUAUGGAUUUGGAAGAAGUUAAAGCUUGUAGAGAUCUUGGAUUUGAGUUGGAACAUGAAAGAGUUUCUGCUGUUUCUUUCUCUAAUUCAACACUUGAUAAUAAUACUAGUAGUGGUGGUAAUUCGCCGAUUGCUAAUUGGCGAAUCUCCGGUCCCGGUGAUGAUCCAAGAGAUGUGAAGGCACGGUUGAAAGUGUGGGCGCAGGCGGUAGCUAUAGCGUCUGCCAGCAAAUACGGCUCAUGA